UUAGAAAUUGAGCUGACAUCAUUUAUUGAUGAUAAGCAAAAUGUUUGGUUCCGAGGAAAAGAUGUUGCUGAGAUCCUUGGUUAUAGUAAAAUAAGAGAUGCAUCAUUGAAGCAUGUUGAUAGUGAGGAUAAACAACAAAUAUUUACUCCUCACGCCAGCGUCCACAAAACGUGGACGAUGGGUCCGAGUGGCAGUUUGUGUACUUAUAUUAAUGAAUCCGGGUUCUACUCUCUCAUUUUAUCCUCAAAAUUGGAAACAGCAAAAAAGUUCAAACAUUGGGUAACGUCGCAAGUCCUCCCAUCAAUCCGUAAAUAUGGUCAAUACAAACUGUUUGAUAGUCCCUGGAAUAAGAUGAUUAUGAUUGGCAAUGAGACUGACCUCCAUUACAAAGUAGUGAACCUCAUAAGGAGAUAUUAUCCAGAUUCCAUAUUAGUAGCAGGACUGGCGGAGAAUCAGGAUACUGAGGAUAAGACUAGACUCAAGAAAGGAUAUAUGAAAGGACAGCCUGAUCUAAUGGUACUCGAUUAUCACAAAGAUUAUAAGGGCCUCUGUAUUGAAUUCAAAUCACCG